AUGUUCCCGGCUGCUGCAGCUGCUUCCUCCAAGAAGCCCGACGUGAGCCCGUCGUCAGUUCACGAUCGGGCCGCCGCUGCCGCGUGCGACUCCGGCCUCGUCCUCACCACCGACCCCAAGCCCCGGCUCCGGUGGACGGUCGAGCUCCACGACCGUUUCGUCGAUGCCGUCGCGCAGCUCGGAGGCCCGGACAAGGCAACUCCGAAGACUAUUAUGAGGGUUAUGGGAGUCAAGGGCCUCACGCUUUACCAUCUCAAGAGUCAUCUUCAGAAAUUCAGGCUAGGGAAGCAGCACAAGGAGUUCGGUGAUCACUCGGUCAAGGAUGCUAUGGAGAUGCAACGGAAUGCAGCCUCUUCGUCUUCGGGUAUGAUGGGAAGAAGCAUGAACGACCGCAGCACGCACAUGAACGAGUCACUAAGGAUGCAGAUGGAGGUCCAAAGAAGGCUCCAUGAGCAGCUGGAGGUGCAGAAGCACCUCCAGAUGAGAGUGGAGGCCCAGGGGAAGUACAUGCAGUCCAUCCUGGAGAAAGCCUACCAAACCCUCGCGUCCAGCGAUUGCGCCACGUGGCCUGCUGCCGCCGGGUACAGAUCUCUAGGUGGCAGCCAGGCGCCGGCCCUCGACCUCGGCGGCUCCAUGAGCUUCCAGGACCUCACCCUGUAUGGAGGGUCGUCGAGCCAUCUGGAUCUGCAGCAGCACAUGGAGAUGAGGCCGACCAUGGCCAUGGACAGCUUCUUGGCGUUCAACGAGAGCUGCAUUGGAUCAGCAACAGUCAGGAGCUGCUCCACCGGGAAGAGCCCGAUGAUGUGGGGCAACGGCGAUGAUGAGCAGGCCAAGAGUGGUGGCAGCGCCGAUGAGCUUCUCCAGAUGGCGCCGUCGUGCAUGAUGGAGGCGGGUGGCGGCAGCGGCGGCUCAAUGGAUCCGAUCAUGUCAUUGUCCGGCGACUCCUUGGGCAGUAAGGGCUUUGACGGCCCAAUCAUCAGCUCAAAGCUUGAGAUGAGGUCAUCUCCACAGCAAGUAGGAAGUGAGAGGAACUUGUCCUACGGGUAA